CCAGGACCCUGCAUUUGCUAUAUCUGGUCUCCCACAGUACAGAGAACAUGGAAAUGCAAUUAUUUUAGUAAAUAUAAACUGCUAAAUACCUUUUCUCAUCAGCAGUUAGAACAGUCUUGUGACUUCUAUCAGUGUUCAUCAAAGCACUGGUUAAAGCUUGCAGGAAGAAUCUUCUCUAGGAGGAUGCAGAACCCCUGACCUCUGUCUUGGCAGUGCUGAUUGGCCCUGUGCUGAUCACAUGAACAUGUCUCCACACGAUCAAAAACCCUCUCUAGCAAUACACACCAAACUAAACAU